GAAUACGCUGUAAAGUAAGCAUAUUACGGCUUCCUUCACAGAACUGUUGAAAGGAUUCACUAAGAUAAUAACCAAAGUGCCUCUCACAAAACGAAGUUACACACGUGGGCUUGUUUCAGAGGCCUCAGUAGGUCAGUUCAGGAUGGUGUGAGUGUUGGGGGUCUGGGAACUGACCAGCUAGGCUCAGAUCAUGGAGGCAUCCAGAAACCCAAAACUACACUACCUGAGGGCACACUAACACCCUGCAUGCCAAACCGAAAACAUUCGCCCUAAAACAGUCACUGUUUAGCUGCAGAAGCGAAUGAAAGGAAAUGUGAGAGGGAGCUGCGUUUUCCAAAUUUUGGGGCGACAUCCUGCACUUUCCAUCACGCGAAAGAUCCAGGAAGAUGCUGUUAUUUUUCUUUGGUUAGAUUCUACCUUACAAUUUUCACAAUCUCAGUCAGUUUCAGGAAGGGGAUAGCUGAUUUGUCAGAGUAGAUUACUGGUGAAAUUGUUAGCUCUUAACGGAUCAGGAGGAAAGGUAGGAAUAAAGUUGCAGCACGAGAUUUGCUGUGUAAAAUUUCCAAACCAGUCAGUGAGUUAAUCCCACAGCCCCUCAAAGCCUGUUCUAAGUACAGUCAGCUGAUGUAGCUGGAUGGUGGUGGGUCUUAUGUGGCUAUUAAAAAUGUAUUUAAACCUCUAAACAUUUAAAUGGCUCUAUUUACAGACUGAAAACUUAAAAGAGUUGAGGCUCCUUUUUAGCGCCAAAACUUGAAAUCGCAGCUUUUAGCUGUGACUCUUCCGUUACCUUACUCUCUUAAAACUACAUCUCCCAGCAUGCUCUGAAGCUAAUCUGACCUCAUUUCAAAUGGCCCCGUAGGGCAACAAGGCUGGUUAGUUUUGACCCUGCUGUUUGUGCCUUGAAAAAAACCGAUUCCUUGGCAGCCAUUUGGGCUUUUAUAUCUGUUAAGCUCUUUUUUUUGAACUGUAGUCAUUAAAUGAAGGGAUUUGGUCUGGGAGGGCCCAUUCAUUCCCUCAGCUGGGCGAGGGACCAGGCAAACUGUCUCCGGCAAUCUAAAUAAGAGGGAAUGUUGAACAGGGAACACCGCUGGGGCCGAACAGAGGAGCAGGAACCGGAGCCCAGGCUGUGUCCGCAAACUGUCGGAUCCGGACUUUGGCUCAGGGACGGUCGGAAGUGGGAGAUGGAGAUGCCAGAGGAACCGGCCGAUAGUGGGCAUUCGCUGCCCCCGGUUUAUAUUUAUAGUCCCGAGUAUGUCAGCAUUUGCGACUCUCUCGUCAAGAUCCCCAAACGGGCCAGUAUGGUCCACUCUCUGAUCGAAGCAUAUGCCCUGCACAAACAAAUGAGGAUAGUGAAGCCCAAAGUGGCCUCCAUGGAGGAUAUGGCCAGCUUCCACACUGAUGCCUAUCUGCAACAUCUCCAGAAGGUCAGCCAAGAAGGUGAUGAGGACCAUCCGGACUCUAUAGAAUACGGACUAGGUUAUGACUGCCCAGCCACAGAAGGAAUAUUUGACUAUGCGGCCGCUGUGGGAGGAGCUACAAUCACUGCUGCCCAGUGCCUGAUUGACGGGAAGUGUAAAGUAGCGAUUAACUGGUCUGGAGGGUGGCAUCACGCAAAGAAAGAUGAAGCAUCUGGUUUUUGUUAUCUCAAUGAUGCUGUCCUGGGAAUAUUAAGAUUGCGACGGAAAUUUGACCGUAUUCUCUAUGUGGAUUUGGAUCUGCACCAUGGAGAUGGUGUCGAAGAUGCCUUCAGUUUUACAUCCAAAGUUAUGACUGUGUCCCUGCACAAAUUCUCCCCAGGAUUCUUUCCAGGAACAGGUGACAUGUCUGAUGUUGGCCUGGGAAAAGGUCGGUACUACAGUGUCAAUGUGCCCAUUCAGGAUGGCAUACAGGACGAGAAGUACUAUCAAAUCUGUGAAAGUGUACUAAAGGAAGUGUACCAGGCCUUCAAUCCUAAAGCAGUGGUUUUACAGCUGGGUGCAGAUACCAUCGCUGGGGACCCAAUGUGCUCCUUUAACAUGACGCCAGUGGGGAUCGGCAAGUGUCUGAAGUAUGUGCUUGAGUGGCAGUUGGCAACUCUGAUUUUAGGAGGAGGAGGCUAUAACCUUGCCAAUACGGCUCGUUGCUGGACAUACUUGACCGGGGUCAUCCUAGGGAAAACACUAUCCUCUGAGAUCCCAGAUCAUGAGGUGCCAGUGGAUGGAUCCAAGGCUCAGAUGGUUGCUCCUCGUGGUGCAGUCAGUGCCACAGUUCCAGUCACCUCAUUGGUCACUCCGUGUCCUGGAGGUCGCUUCGUGCUCCUGAGGUUUGCCUGCUCCGGCCUAAGUUGCCGGCUCAGUCCUGUUUCUGUAAAUGUCCCUGGUCUAGAUCUGCUCCUGCGGAGGUCCCUGUCUUGAGUUUUUCACAGCAUAUGGUCCUGAUUAUGUGCUGGAAAUCACGCCAAGCUGCCGGCCAGACCGCAAUGAGCCCCAGCGAAUCCAGCAAAUCCUCAAC